CUUUCACCUAGGGCUCCAGCUCUGCCUUCCUUGUGGCGGGUAUCUUUGGCCUUCUCGACACCUUGACAGUGCAGUGCACUCGCAGGGACAGCAGCAAAAAGCCCAGGGUCCCACUGUGUAAGCAAGUCCCCACAACUGCCUGGGCCUUGAUUUCCUCAUCUGCAAAAUGGGGAGAAAAUUCAGCGUGUUCACUUAAGAGGGUUGUGUAGGAAUCCAAACAGAUGGUGUGACUGGGAACCGUACUGGCACCGGGGCCCUGGGUGGACGUGCUGUAACCGCUGAGGGUGCUGGGGGACUUGGGACACAGCUUCCUCUCUCCUUCCGCCUUUCUCAGCGCGGCCUGUAAGUGGAGCCCAAGGUGGAGUCAGGCUGAGUUUUCUUCUCUCAGAAAUGGACAUUAGAGCCGGGUUGAUCUGGGCUUGUUCUCUGCCGCCACUCAACAGUAUUCAUGUGACCUUCAAUAAGACCUUGACCUCUCUGAGCCUUGUAAAGUGGGAGAAAUGCCACCUUGUCAGUCUGUUAGGCGUACACGAGACAGGUAUAUUUGGUGUUUGCCACUACACUGGUCCUGUUCCUACUGAACUCCGAGUGCUGGUGCUCCGGGCGCCUGGCGCGGUACGUUCACAGUAUAGCGCCCUUCCUCAGACCGCUGCAGGCGGCUUCGCGUUCAGCCGUGUUGUCAACUAGUAUGUAUACAACACUUCGCACAUGACAAGAUCUCUGCUGGAGCUGGCGAUAUGACUGUGGACAAGACAGACUCCCCGGCUCGCUGCUGUCUGGAGGAGCAGAAAAAUCUGGAACGUCCUCCUCCUCAUACAUAUAUAGAGGCAUUAGCAUUCUGGCCGGUGCUACAAGGCAGAAGCUCACGUGAGCCAGGGAAGGGCUCCCUGAACCACACAGGCUGGGCCUCAAGGCUGAGUAGAGUUUACAAGAGAAGAGGAUGGGCGAGGGUGGCCGAGAGAAGAGUGUCUCAGGAGCUGGGUGUAAACUCUCUGGGCCUGACUGAUGGUCAGCUAGGCCCAGACAGGGGUGCGGAGAGGCCGGCCUUCUGCAUCUGUGAGAUCUUAAUGUUUAUCUAGGGCGCCCUUCAUGGUUAAUGAAGUCUCUUGGGUACCCUGGAGACCUGGGCGGAGCUAGGACCAGGCUUUCAGUCUCAGCUCUGCCAUUGACCCUCUUGAGGGUCCUUGAGCCCCCAGUCCUUUCUGAGACACAGGUUUUUCCCAUCAGGAGCAUAGCGGUAUCUCCCAAACCUGCAUUGGAAACCAUAGAGUGUUCACAUAAUUGUAAGGGGUCAUUGUGGCCUCAGUACACGAAGGAUUUGGGGUGACUCACGAAAACAGUAUACAAGGAUAUACUCAGUAGUUAGGUCAGAGGGAAAUGAUUGGUAAAAAGAAGCUGGGCUGUUGAUUAGCACCCAAAAUUCACUCCACAGUAUCUUGCUGAACAUUUACAGAGGCAGGUACGUUGCUUGAUUGACUGAAUUCUUCCUGGCUGCCUGAACAAAAAGACAGGAUCAGGUACUUGAUUCACAGUGCUCUUUUCUUUUAGGGAAAAAAGUGAUUGUGGGAAAAUACUUUUUUUUCCCCUGCACGGAGGCCAACUCUCAGGGACACCGUGUAUGUUGAUAACUGUUUGUCCUGUUUACAGGUCUGCUGGAAGCACUGGGCAAUGAACCCGAGACUUCAGCCCAGAGUGGUCUGAAACCGUUUGGGAAGGAAGAGGGAGUCCUGGGGAAGAUGGCCAUGGCCCCAGGCCCUUCCCUGGCUCAGGUGUACACCAGUCCCGUGGCAGUGGCCGUGUGGGAAUGGCAGGACGGGCUGGGCACCUGGCACCCCUACAGUGCCACUGUCUGCAGCUACAUCGAGCAGCAGUUUGUCCAGCAGAAGGGCCAGCGCUUUGGGCUGGGGAGUCUGGCCCACAGCAUCCCCUUAGGCCAAGCUGACCCCUCGCUGGCCCCUUACAUCAUUGACCUCCCCAGCUGGACCCAGUUCCGCCAGGACACUGGUACCAUGCGGGCUGUGCGGAGGCAUCUGUUCCCCCAACAUUCAGCCCCGGGCCGGGGCAUCGUCUGGGAGUGGCUGAGUGACGAUGGCUCCUGGACAGCAUAUGAAGCCAGUGUCUGUGACUUCCUGGAGCAGCAGGUGGCCAGGGGCAACCAUCUUGUGGACUUGGCUCCCCUGGGGUACAACUAUACCGUCAACUACGCCACCCACACGCAGACCAAUAAGACUUCGAGCUUCUGCCGUAGUGUGCGGCGCCAAGCAGGACCCCCAUACCCGGUGACCACCAUCAUUGCCCCGCCGGGCCACACGGGAGUCGCCUGCUCUUGCCAUCAGUGCCUCAGUGGUGGUGGAACUGGCCCCGUGUCGGGCCGCUACCGCCACUCCAUGACCAACCUCCCGGCUUACCCUGUCCCCCAGCCCCCCCACAGGACCGCCAUUGUCUUUGGGACCCACCAGGCCUUUGCCCCGUACAAUAAGCCCUCACUCUCUGGGGCUAGGUCUGCACCCAGGCUGAAUACCACCAACCCCUGGGGUGGGGCACCGCCCUCCUUGGGGAACCAGCCCCUCUACCGCUCCAGCCUCUCCCACCUGGGACCGCAGCACCAGCCCCCAGGAUUGUCCACUGCCGGCGGAGCCAGUGCCUCCCUCCCCAGCGGUCCUGCCAGCAGCCCUGGGAGCGUCCCUGCCGCUGUGCCUGUGCAGAUGCCGAAGCCCAGCCGGGUCCAGCAAGCCCUCGCAGGCAUGACGAGUAUUCUGAUGUCAGCCAUUGGACUCCCUGUGUGUCUUAGCCGCGCACCCCAGCCCGCCAGCCCUCCCGCCUCCUGUCUGGCCUCUAAAAGUCACAGCUCAGUUAAGAGAUUGAGGAAAAUGUCCAUGAAAGGAGGGACUCCAAAGCCAGAGCCAGAACAGGUGAUAAAAAACUAUACCGAAGAGCUGAAGAUAGCCCCAGAUGAGGACUGCAUCAUCUGUAUGGAGAAACUGUCCGUGGUGUCCGGGUACAGCGAUGUGACCGACAGCAAGACCAUUGGGCCAGUGGCCGUGGGCCGCCUCGUCAAGUGCAGCCAUGCCUUCCACCUGCUCUGCCUGCUGGCCAUGUACUGCAAUGGGAACAAGGACGGGAGUUUGCAGUGUCCUUCCUGCAAAACCAUCUACGGAGAGAAAACCGGGACCCAGCCCCAGGGAAAGAUGGAGGUGUUCAAGUUCCAGGUGUCCCUCCCUGGCCAUGAGGACUGUGGGACGAUACUUAUAGUUUACAACAUUCCUCACGGCAUCCAGGGCCCAGAGCACCCCAAUCCCGGGAAACCAUUCACCGCCAGGGGCUUUCCCCGUCAGUGCUACCUUCCGGACAAUGCCCAGGGCCGCAAGGUCCUGGAGCUGCUGAAAGUGGCCUGGAAGAGGCGACUGAUCUUCACGGUAGGGACAUCCAGCACCACGGGAGAGACUGACACAGUGGUGUGGAAUGAGAUCCACCACAAGACAGAGAUGGACCGCAAUGUGACAGGCCAUGGCUACCCCGACCCCAACUACCUGCAGAAUGUGCUGGCCGAGCUGGCCGCCCAGGGGGUGACCGAGGACUGCCUGGAGCAGCAGUGAGCCCUGGGCCUGGCCGGCCCCAUCCCCGCCCUGCCACGCCUGCCUCUGGCAGCCAGCUGCCCUCUCCCCCUGCUGCCGGCUGGGCUGCCCCGGGAUGGGCAGGCGGGAAGGUGCCUUUCCUCAGAGGCUGCGAGGUUUGUGGGGGCCCGCCUUUUGCCCCCAUCCUCCCCUCCAGGCCCAGAUCUACAGGCGAAUCAGGCAGGCCCGGGGAGUUGUACUUGUGGGGGCUUAAGAUGCAGCUACCUCAGUGCGUGGGGCCCUCUGCCGCUGGCGGGCUGCUUCGGGGCCGUAGUGCCGGGGGCCUGGCGUGGGGUGAGGCGAGACUGCCCUGUCCCCCAUCGUAGCCAGGGCAGGCGUGGGUUCUGGGUCAGCUUCUCAUACCUCAGAUGUUCUGUUUGCAAUAAAUGCCCUAUAGCCAAAGUCA